GUAUUGCAAGUAAUUUAUGCAAAACCAGACAUUUCGGGUGACAUUCCCGGGGCUGACAAAUCAAUUGGUGGCCAAAUAGUUGGCAAUGUAGUGAACCCCAGGGGAAAUGGAUGUAACGGACCAUUGGAUAGGAAUGAAGCCGUUUGUGUCAAACACUGCACUGAUAUUGGCUUUUCCAAAGGGUUUUGUGACCUAACCUAUGACAUUUCGGGUGACAUUCCCGGGGCUGACAAAUCAAUUGGUGGCCAAAUAGUUGGCAAUGUAGUGAACCCCAGGGGAAAUGGAUGUAACGGACCAUUGGAUAGGAAUGAAGCCGUUUGUGUCAAACACUGCACUGAUAUUGGCUUUUCCAAAGGGUUUUGUGACCUAACCUAUGUAACUGACAGACAAGUGGUCACCAGAAUAGAGGAGAUGUCCAACGAAUCCAAAGACAGUUCAUCGGGCAGUUCAGCGCCCACUGAGAGUAGCACUGGUGCCACCCCUGGGGAACAGAAUACCGGUGCAAAUGCAGCACAACGGACACAACCGGUGGCACCGCAGACACCAGUGAUGGCCAACGAACAGCCAGUGUUUCCGCCGCAGGAUUUUUGGUUCGCUCCCCACAUGACAGCUCCACCGGUAGACCCCUAUAGAGAGCGAAUCCGUGAGAAUUGGCGCCGAAGAAGUCGAGAGUAUCGCCGACGACAACGACUUCGACGACUCAGAAAUCUUCGACGACUAGAGAGACUCCGAAGAGAGCGACAGAGAGGUCGGAGUGGAAGAGGAAGUCGUCAAAGAAGUCGUAGUAGAAGUAGAAGAAGGCUGCGG